AAUCGUACAUAAUUAUUAAAAUUUAGCGAAAAUUCUCGUAUACAAUACCAAUUCUAUAUAAAGAUGGAAAAUUAUGAGAAUGGAAAUACAUUUCAGUGUGACAUGUGUUUGUUCAAAUGUAUUUCGUAUUAUCGAUUAAUGCAACAUUACAUUCGCAAUCAUAAACAAGACCCAUACUUCAGGAUUACAUGUGUUCAACCUGGUUGCGGUGCUACAUUUAAGAAAUGGAAAUCUUUUCGCCAGCAUUUAUUUAGAAAACAUCCUACUGCAUCUCCCACUUUAAAUGAGGUAACCCAGCAAAUUGAAGAUGAAAAUCAGUUAAGUCAUGCCAGUAUAAUACAUGAUGAAUCAUUUGAAGAUGAAAGUCAAGAACCAACAUUAGAAACAGCUACAGAACGUUUACAAUGGCACGUCGCACAUUUUCUUGUAAACAUUCGAGAAAAAUGUAAAAUGUCUCAUACGGCUAUUGAGCACAUCAUGGAUACAAUAACUCAUUUAUUGGACAUGUAUUCAGCGAUUAUAGUAGUUGGUUAUAAUUAUUAUCUUGAAUGAUCUAUUUCUUUUAUA